AAAUACUAUGUAAUAUCUCGAUUCAACCAAAUUCGCCAAAACAACAAUUCUUCCUAUCAUCACCAUCAUCAUCAGCAGCAGCUUUCUACUUUUAUUUCAUUUUAAUUCGAAUUUAUCUCCAAUCAUCAGUCAAUUGCCAUGGCCCACGAGUUUUCUUUCAUGGUAUUGUUCUAUUCUGGGCAUAUAGACCUGUCCAUAUAGUAAGGUCAUUAUAUAGCCAAGAGUUGCAGCUGCAUAAGUUGUGAGAGUUUGAGCCUGACUGACCUUGGAAAGAUGGAAGCUUGCCAGACCCUAAACUCAGACACAACCAAUGAAUUAAAACACUACCAGUUGACUCCACUAAGGCUCUUAAGGGGUCUGGCAUGCUUAAUUGUGUACCUUUCCACAGCCUUCAUGUGCAUGGUUUAUUUUUCUCCUGUGAUCGCAGUUUUUCUCCGUCUUUUUAGCCUACAUUAUAGCAGGAAGAUUGCAUCAUUCCUUUUUGGUCUUUGGCUAGCUAUGUGGCCUUUCUUGUUUGAAAAGAUUAACAAAACCAAAGUUAUUUUUUCUGGAGAGCAUGUUCCAGAAGGAGAACGACGUGUCUUACUUAUUGCUAACCACAGAACCGAAGUUGAUUGGAUGUAUCUUUGGGAUCUUGCACUGAGAAAAGGUUGCAUAGCAUACAUCAAAUAUGUUCUUAAAAGGAGCUUGAUGAAGUUGCCUAUAUUUGGUUGGGCAUUUCAUGUGUUUGAGUUCAUUUCAGUAGAGAGAAAGUGGGAAGUAGAUGAAACUAUCAUGCGGAAUUCGCUCUCAACCUUUACCGAUCCAGUUGACCCUUUGUGGCUUGCUGUCUUUCCCGAGGGAACUGAUUUUACAGAACAAAAGUGCAUAAAAAGUCAAGAUUUUGCUGCAGAAAAUGAUUUACCUAUACUAAAAAAUGUGCUGCUCCCAAAAACAAGAGGUUUCUAUGCUUGUGUGGAAUCUUUAAGGGGCUCUCUGGACGCAGUAUAUGAUGUGACAAUAGCAUACAAGAACCGGUGUCCAACUUUCUUGGACAAUGUUUUUGGAGUAGAACCUUCAGAAGUUCAUGUCCAUGUUAGACGCAUAUCUAUUGAAGAUAUCCCAGUUUCAGAAAGCGAGUGCAGCACAUGGCUAUUAGAUACAUUUUAUCUGAAAGAUCAAUUGCUUUCAGAUUUUAUAGCUCAGGGUCAUUUUCCUAAUGAAGGAACCGAAGGAGAUCUUUCAACAAUUAAAUGCGUGGUAAAUUGUAUAGCAGUAAUGGCUAUUACUUCUAUAUUUGUAUAUCUUACCUUUUUCUCAUCCGUGUGGUUCAAAGUAUAUGUUGUCUUGUCUUGUGCAUACCUUUCUUGGGCAACAGCUUAUAGUUAUCGUCCCACGCCAAUAUUUGAACACAUAAAGGGAUUGUUGUCUGGAAAGAAAUCAUCUUAGGAAAGGGGAAGCAGGUAAACUUUUAGCUGCUAGAAAAACAUUUGAAGAUGAUUAAUUGUAAAAGAAUAAGUCCUUGUAAAAGUUGAAAUGUACAUUUUUGUUUUUCCCUUAUUGUAAUUGUAAAUUGGGAUGGUUUCAGUCGACUUCAAUUCAAUGGAAACCUUCUGUUCUUUAUA